GCGUAGUUCCGGCGGGGAGAAGGGAGGGGUGACAUGCAGAGCGGGCAGCCGCGGCCUCGGGAGCAGCUGGAGCCGGAGCUGCCGGAGCAGCGGGCGGGAGCGGCGCGGGGGGGACAGGCCUGGCGCGGCGCCCCCACCAUGGAGAUCGAGAAGGAGUUCCACCGGCUCGACCAGGCCGGCAGCUGGGCCGCCAUCUACCAGGACAUCAGGCAUGAAGCCAGUGACUUUCCGUGUAAAGUGGCCAAACAUCCCAGAAACAAAAAUAGAAAUAGGUACAGAGAUGUCAGCCCCUUUGAUCACAGUCGAAUUAAGCUAAACCAAGGUGACAAUGACUAUAUCAAUGCUAGUUUGAUAAAAAUGGAAGAGGCCCAAAGGAGCUACAUCCUUACCCAGGGACCUUUGCCAAAUACUUGUGGUCACUUCUGGGAGAUGGUUUGGGAACAGAAAAGCCGUGGUGUUGUCAUGUUGAACAGAGUGAUGGAAAAGGGAUCUGUCAAGUGUGCACAGUACUGGCCACAGAAGGAGGAGAAAGAAAUGUUUUUCGAAGAUACAAACUUGAAACUAACAUUGAUAUCUGAAGAUAUAAAAUCCUAUUACACAGUACAACAGCUAGAAUUGGAAAACCUUACAACACAGGAAACCAGAGAGAUUCUGCACUUUCAUUAUACUACAUGGCCUGACUUUGGCGUCCCGGAGUCACCUGCUUCAUUCCUCAAUUUCCUGUUCAAAGUGCGGGAAUCUGGCUCCCUUAACCCGGAGCAUGGCCCCGUUGUGGUGCACUGCAGUGCUGGAAUCGGGAGAUCCGGAACUUUCUGUUUGGUUGAUACAUGUCUUCUACUGAUGGACAAGCGGAAAGAUCCUUCUUCUGUGGACAUUAAGCAGGUCCUCCUGGAGAUGAGGAAGUACCGCAUGGGGCUCAUACAGACAGCAGACCAGCUCCGUUUCUCCUACCUAGCUGUUAUUGAAGGGGCAAAAUUCAUUAUGGGAGAUGCUUCAGUGCAAGAGCAGUGGAAAGAGCUCUCCAAUGAAGACCUGGACCCGCCUCCUGAACAUACCCCACCGCCUCCCAGACCACCAAAGCGAACAUCAGAAAUGCACAAUGGAAGGAUGCAUGAACAUACAGAAUUCCUUCCUAAACAUCAAGUAGUGGAGGAAGAGAUAAGGUGUUUGGUCAGCUCUGUGGAAGAGACGGUUCCAGAUGGCAGAGCUCAUUCAUCUGUGCCACUGAUCACAGACAGCACUAGUCAAGACACUGAAAUUCGGAGGAGAACUGUUGGUGAAAACCUGCGUCUCUCACCCCACAAAGAAGAGUCGAAGAAGUCGGAGAGCUCAGAAGAGGAUGAUGAGAACAUGAUGACAACCUGGAAGCCAUUUCUAGUGAAUAUAUGCAUGUUCACCUUCCUGACGGCGGGAGCUUACCUCUGUUACAGGGUGUGUUUUCAUUGAUGGACGUGCCAGCAAGAGCGACCCUGCAGAAAACACCACCAAUUCCAUGGGUUUGUAAUCAGCUCCUCUGAAGGAAAGCGAAUGGAGGCGCCUGAGCCUCGUCUCAGUGGAGGUAGAUCUUAGCUUGAAAGGCCGGAACUUUGGUUAGGGCUUAAAGAGAGAAUUGAUGCACUAGGGUUUUAUCUAGCCCUGUGGUCCCAAGAACAUAAUAUUCUAAUCUCAGGGCCUUAAAAUAUUCAGGAGUAAGCAGAGAAAAUGCCAAAUAGUCUGUUUUCCUUUUCUUUCUUUUUUUCCUCUAUUUCUUUCUUUUUUUAGACUCAGUAGUAGAACUACAACACAUUGUUGUUUUUAGCCUUUUUUAAAAAGCCAGUUCUUGUUCUUUUUCUUUUGUUUCAGAAAAACUAGGCACAAGUGAAACUUGCUUGUACUCUCCAAGUGUUGUAACCAAAUACAUGACUUAUAUUGACGAGUUCCCAAAAACAGAAAAAGAACCCCACAUACCUGAAGAAUGUACCUUUUUGGAAGGGGAGGGCACUGGGGGACAGGUGUUGUGGUCGGGGUUUUUGGUUUAGGGGUGUUUUUAACUUGCUUCAUCAUUGCAGACUGAGUUGUGGGCAGUGCCUGUGGUAUUGAUAUAUUUAAUCCUGGCAUAACUGUUCUUAAAGAGCUUAUUGUUUUACAUGUGUUUAUAGAAACAGGCUUCUGCAUUUGCUCAGGGUAUCCCAACAUGUCAAGCUCUUUUUUUUUUCCUUCUUUUCCUUUAAUAACUGUAUCCCCCUCAGUGACUUUUGUUGCACUCUACUUGCACAUGCGCCUAUUUACAUUGCACCAUCCUCUGUAAAGCUGGUUUUACUUUGACAUUCUGGGUUAGGAGAGGUUAUGGGGAGGGAGAGACACAGGAAGGGAAAUUCAACCAAAACGUGAACACCAGCAUUGUGCAGCUGGCAUUCAGAUGGACCAGUGCUUAAACCUCAUCAUUUGGAAUGUAAAAUGCAGUUUCACUCUGCUCCAUAAGGAAUAGCUUCCUGCGAGGGCCGGGGAGGUGACGUGCUCGGAGCCACCGCAGGUGAUGAGCAGGAAAGCAUUGUGUUAAUCCAGAGCAAUUAAUGCUGUGGCAGCUUCCUUAAGACAUAAAAAGCUCAACAGAAGCCAUGUUGGUCUGUGGAUGAAUCGGUUGGCUCACGAUGCAAGCGUUCGUGUGCUGCUUUGUUCAAAGCAAAGGUCUAAUGUACUGGCUUUAGCUCGGUUGAAGAUUCGCUCUUCAGCAUCACGGGGCAGAUGGUGCGAGGGGCAGCCCUGCACCUCUGCAGCAGGGGAUGGGGAUGCUGCCCCUGCGCCGCGCCCAGGACUCGAAUCAUGUAGAGUGCUUGUAAAUACGGAUUUGGGUGCAUUGGUAGAACUGUGACUGGAAGUCAGCAUUGCACUAACUCGUAGUCAGUGCUGUUCCUCGUGUAUUACCAAAUUAUCAAUAGAAUAAUAGCAAAGGUGUCUUUGCUCACGUCAUGGCGCAGAGGAGAGGAGUAAACUCACUACUGGCGGCUGUAGUGAUUGAAACCAUGACAGCUGAUUCACAACAGUGUUACUAAUCAGUUCUUAAAGUCUUUCUAGAGUGAUAGCACUUAACCACCAUCCUCAGUGCGAGCAUCGCUAUGGAGUACCUUACGUAAGUCUCUCCACUCCAUAUUUAUUUGUGCAAAGCUGUCUGGGUGUAGCUCUUCCUUCAGUGAAUAAGUUGGUGAAGGGGGGGGGGGGUUGGGGGUGGGAGUUAUUUCUAUUUUGUGUUUUGUUAAGCUUGCAUCAAGGGCUUUUCAAAAGUACAAUAAUAAAUCCUCAGGUAGUACUGGGAGUCAAUACUUUACCUGUGAGACUGUUGGUCAGACCAGUACUUGAAAGGAGGAAUGUUGUAAUCAGUCAAUAUUUAGUUAUAUUAUUGGAAACAUGAAAAAUGAGUAUAGAAAAAUGGUAAUAUAUAAUGGCUCAUCUGUGUAUUUAAGAUACAUUAUGUGAUUGCUUUGUCCCCACUAUUCUCUCCCAUCAUCUGGUAGAAUAUUGUUCUAAGGCAACAUUUGUACCCCAUUUGUAUUAAAAUGCAUGUAAAGUCUUCUAGUGUCCUGAUUAAAUACCACGUGCUUGAAAGGUGAAAGAACUUAUAUUUCUGCUUCCUGAUGUGCCCAAAAAUUAUAUUUGCAUGACCUGA